AGUGAAAAAGGGCUGGUCCGCGCGCCGCGCUCACUUCCGGAAGUGGCUGGUGCGGCAACAUGCUGGCGGAGCUGGGUCUAAUCGGCACCAUAGGCGAAGAUGACGACGUGCCGCUGGAGCCCGAGUCUGACUCCGGAGACGAGGAGGACGAGGGGCCCAUUGUCCUGGGCAGAAGGCAGAAGGCCUUGCAGAAGAACCGCAGUGCUGAUUUCAACCCUGACUUCGUUUUCACUGAGAAGGAUGGCACAUACGACGGCAGCUGGGCUCUGGCUGAUGUCAUGAGUCAGCUCAAGAAGAAGAGGGCAGCCACUACAUUAGAUGAGAAGAUCGAGAAAGUUCGAAAGAAGAGGAAAACGGAGGAUAAAGAAGUCAAAUCUGGGAAGUUGGAAGAGAAAGAAGGAAAAGAAACCUCUGAACUGGAGCAGUGGGAAGACCUUGGAGGGAAAGAGGAGGGAGGCUCAGAAGAGGAAGAAUCAGAGACAGACUAUUCCUCGGCUGAUGAGAACAUCCUCACCAAAGCAGAUACACUCAAAGUGAAGGAGCGGAAGAAGAAGAAGAAAGGACAGGAGGCUGGAGGAUUUUUUGAAGAUGCAUCUGAGUAUGAUGAAAACCUUUCGUUCCAGGACAUGAACCUUUCCCGCCCUCUUUUGAAGGCCAUCACAGCCAUGGGCUUCAAGCAGCCCACCCCGAUCCAGAAGGCAUGCAUACCUGUGGGUCUGCUGGGGAAGGACAUCUGUGCCUGUGCAGCCACUGGGACAGGUAAGACUGCUGCCUUUGCCCUACCUGUCUUGGAGCGACUGAUCUAUAAACCCCGCCAGGCCCCAGUGACCCGCGUGCUGGUGCUGGUUCCCACCCGAGAGCUGGGCAUCCAGGUGCAUGCCGUCACCAAGCAGCUGGCUCAGUUCUGCAGCAUCACCACCUGCCUGGCUGUGGGCGGCCUGGAUGUGAAGUCUCAGGAAGCAGCUCUCCGGGCAGCACCUGACGUCCUCAUUGCCACCCCGGGUCGGCUCAUUGAUCACCUCCACAACUGCCCCUCCUUCCACCUGAGCAACGUCGAGGUGCUCAUCCUGGAUGAGGCUGACAGGAUGCUGGACGAGUAUUUUGAGGAGCAGAUGAAGGAGAUCAUCCGAAUGUGUUCCCACCACCGCCAGACCAUGCUCUUCUCGGCCACCAUGACGGACGAGGUGAAAGACCUCGCCUCUGUCUCUUUGAAGAAUCCUGUCCGGAUAUUCGUGAACAGCAACACAGAUGUGGCUCCCUUCCUGCGGCAGGAGUUCAUCCGGAUCCGGCCUAAUCGGGAAGGGGACCGGGAAGCCAUUGUGGCAGCUUUGUUGACAAGAACGUUCACUGAUCAUGUGAUGCUGUUCACCCAGACCAAGAAGCAAGCCCACCGCAUGCACAUCGUCCUGGGGCUCAUGGGGCUGCAGGUGGGCGAGCUGCAUGGCAACCUGUCCCAGACACAGCGGCUGGAGGCCCUCAGGCGCUUUAAAGAUGAGCAGAUUGACAUCCUUGUGGCCACAGAUGUGGCAGCCCGGGGACUUGACAUUGAGGGGGUCAAAACGGUAAUCAACUUCACAAUGCCCAAUACCAUCAAACAUUAUGUCCACCGCGUAGGGCGUACUGCGCGUGCCGGCAGGGCUGGGCGCUCCGUCUCUCUGGUGGGAGAAGAGGAGCGGAAGAUGCUCAAAGAGAUUGUGAAGGCUGCCAAGGCACCUGUGAAGGCCCGGAUACUUCCCCAGGAUGUUAUCCUCAAAUUCCGGGAUAAGAUCGAGAAAAUGGAGAAGGACGUGUAUGCGGUACUGCAGCUUGAGGCAGAGGAGAAGGAGAUGCAGCAGUCCGAAGCCCAGAUCAACACUGCAAAGCGGCUUCUGGAGAAGGGGAAGGAGGCCCGGGACCAGGAGCCUGAGAGGAGCUGGUUCCAGACCAAGGAAGAGAGGAAGAAGGAAAAAAUUGCCAAGGCUUUGCAGGAGUUUGACUUGGCCUUAAGAGGAAAGAAGAAAAGGAAGAAGUUUAUGAAGGAUGCCAAGAAAAAAGGGGAGAUGACAGCAGAGGAACGGUCCCAGUUUGAAAUCCUCAAGGCGCAGAUGUUCGCAGAGCGGCUGGCCAAGGGGGACCGCAGGACUAAGCGGGCCCGAGCAAUGCCUGAGGAGGAGCCAGUGGGGCGCCCUGCCAAGAAGCAAAAGCAGGGGAAGAAAUCUGUAUUUGAUGAAGAACUCACCAACACAAGCAAGAAGGCCCUGAAGCAGUAUCGAGCUGGGCCUUCCUUCGAAGAAAGGAAACAGAUGGGUUUGUCCCACCAGAGACGAGGAGGAAGCUUUAAAUCCAAAUCCAGAUAUAAGAGAAGAAAGUAGGCGCGGUGCUCUCAGGAAGUGCAUGGAGCAGCCUUUAAGGCCCUUCCCCAUGGGAAGUCAUUCUGGGUUGGUCUGUCUCUUCUCGAUUUGUAAAAAGUUUUUUAAAAGGUCUGUUAUUUGUGCAUUAAAAAUACAAAUGGU